CUGUCCCCCUUACAACAACUCCCUGCAUGCCAGGGAGUGGUCCAGAGACGGUUUGGCAGAGAGCUGGGCAGUAGAGUGGACAACGUUGAGGUGUCACUUAUUACAAAAGAAGAUACAAGUACGCAAGUUGUCGAGAGGAUUCUUGGUUGGAGCUAUGAGGGUGGGAGCUGCAGCCUUAGCUGGGGGUAUAUUUGGAGCAUUAGGGACCAUAUGUUUCUUUUUGGCCUUUGGUACGGACUACUGGUUGGUGGCCAGUGACAACUGUGGACCUUACACAUGGCCCACAAUAGGAGAAACAGAUGCCAACAGGACCGAGCUGGAGUUUGUGAAAGCAGUCACCAUCUCUCCUGCGUCUCUCACCCUCCACCAUGAAGGCUUUUUUUGGCGUUGUGUGUUCCAGGUGGAAUCCACCGCAAAUGAAGUCUUGGCAACGUUUUUCACAAACCAACCAGAAUCCAAGGUGUGUGUCCAUGGCUACCUCUUUCCAUUACCAAUCGCACUUGGACCAGUACCUCAUCCCAGUUAUGAUGCUACAGCAGUGUUUCGAGGUUUCUGGACAGUGUUUAUGAUCCUUGCACUGGCCUCUGCUCUGACUGGAAGCUUCCUACUGGUCUGUGGAAUCCCCUUCAUCAGCCAUAAACUCUACAAGCUGGGCGGAGCCUUUCUCAUCAUUUCUGCGUGCCUGUUCCUCUUUGUGGUGCUGCUUUUCGUACUUUGGAUGGAGGUGGUGGAUGUGGAGCGUUACAUCCUCCAGGAGAGAGGGGAAACAUGUAUCGAUAUGCAGGUUUCGCUGCUCUAUGGCCUGUCGUUCAUGGUGGCUGCAGCUGGCGUGCCCCUGCAGCUCCUCUCGGGGUUGAUCUUCAUGCUUGUGGGACGAGCGUUACUUGCCAACAAGUGAGCAAGGCCAUCUGGUGUGGAAAAUGAGACAACUGACCUUUUUGUGUCCAUCAAGGAGAUUGAGCAUUGAUUCGUUCAAAAUCACAUCAUUGUCCUUCAAAGGCAUUGCUGCAGAGACAUUUUUUUAGAAAGGAGUAGACCAGAAUGUAAAUUGACUCUGCACAACCUCCUCCCAAAGGGCCUUCCGCAUUUGUCACUGUCAAGAUGUAGAGAGAAAUUAGAACCUAAUUUGAUGAUGUACAAGCAGCCGAAAAGAGGUGAACCAUUUGUAGAUGACAAUUUGUUCAUCAAUGUACUGCUUAUUUAAUUCAAAUUUGACUGCUUUUUAUUUUUUUUAAGUUCCUUUUCCUCUAUUAAAAUGAUUGGAAUUUUCUCACA